AUGGCUACGGAAGUGAGGACCCAAUUGGCAGAGCAUCCACUGACGAGUCCAAGGGCUGAGCCAAAACCUGAGAAGAAAUCAGGGUGCAGGCCAAGGAGCCACGCGGACGGCGGGCCACAGAAAGAACUGAUGAUCCCAGGGAUCGUGGAUUUCAAUCUGAUCCGAGAGGCACUGAGGAGCUCCAAGCCCCAAACUCCCGGUGCCCACCGCUUCGGCCACCUCAGCCACCACUCCUUCUUCUCCCGGCACCACCCCCAUCCCCAGCACGUGACCCACAUCCAAGAUCUCACCGGGAAGCCUGUCUGUGUUGUCCGGGACGAGUUCUCUCUGGCCGCCUCACCUCAAGCCACACUCUUACCCCGCUCUCUGAUCGGGAUGCCCACCAUCUCGGUCCCCAUUGGAGACCCGCAGUCCAAUCGGGAUCCCUGGCUUUCUUCUGAGGCCUGGAAGAAGGAGUUGAAAGACCUGGCUUCCCGGGUGGCCAUGUUCACCAAGGAGAAUCAGCUGAAGAGCAAGGAGAAGCAGGAGCCUCAGCGGGAGCAGGGGGCAAAGUACUCAGCAGAGACUGGGAGGCUCAUCCCUGCUCCCACCCGGGCCACGGCCCGCCGCCACUCCCGCCAGGGCGCACGAAACCGCCCUGCGAGCAGAGAUGGAGGAGACCAGACCUUCAUCCUGCAGGAUCAGGAGCUGCUGAUCCUGGAGCUGCUUUCGCAAAUCCUGCAAACAGACUCCUUGAAUGCUAUCCAGUUCUGGCUACUCUACGCGCCCCCCAAGGAGAAAGACAUGGCACUAGGCCUCCUGCAGACAGCAGUGGCUCAGCUCCUUCCCCAGCCCCUAGUCUCCAUCCCAGCAGAAAAACUCCUGAACCAGCUCCAGGAAAUUCAAGAACCACUUCAAGAGAGGCAACAGCUACCCUACAGCCAAUCCCUGAAGAAGACGAAGACACCACCUCUAUCAAAAAGCGAAAAACCAGAGAACAUAGGGAAAUCACAAGUUCUUCGCGUGUACUCCAGCCAGAACCCAGAAGAGAAGGCAGCAAAGCCAAAGGCAGAGGGCUGA